CUCCCAUCGAGAAGAUCGAGAGAAUCAGCACGCAAACCUCUCAUCCCGCGCACCUCUCCACUUCACAGACACAGGCCCGGGCGAUGCCCUCUUCCGCCCCACACCACCAUGACUACGAGGUGUCUCACCUUCGCUACGGUAUCCCAGACGCGUUCGCCGCACCCCCCAGGCAGCUCGCGUUGCCACCACCACCGCCUGCCGCUCCUGAUGCCUGGAGCAGGCUCCUGCAACGCCGGCUGACGACGCGUCAGCACUGCGUGGAGACCACGCGCAGUGUCGCAGCAGCUAGAGGAGGUAGAGGAGGCGCCAGGGACCUCCUUCUCCUCGACUCGGCGGGUGGUGAUAGAGGCGAGCCUCCUGGUGAGGAGCAUGGGGAGGAGGUGCGUGAUUGCGUGAUCGUGGGGGCUGGGAUCGCUGGUCUCGCGGCCGGGGCCGACCUGCAGCAAGCGGGGAUGGAUCUCGUUGUUUUGGAAGCAGCCAACCGGUUAGGUGGACGGAUCUUCACACACGAGGAGUCUCGAUCUCAUCACCAUCCGUCGCCACAUAGCAGCUGCGAGGAAGGUGUAACCACCACCACCAGUGGUGGCAUCCCCAGCCGACCCCUAGAGCUCGGAGCGCAGUGGCUGCAUGGCACGGUCGGGAACCCGCUGUUCGACUUCUGCGUAGAGGAGGGGAUUUUCGACUCCCAAGAGGGAAGGAUAGAGCUCGCCAUGGCCAAGAGGGCCUACGCUGCUGGAGACGUCCAGGCACGAAGACCGGAUGGCACCCAGGUGUCGCGGCGGGAAUUCGUGCGGCAUUCGGAGGCGUGGGCGCAAGCCGUUCUCGAGGCGGAAACUCUGUACGCGGCCUCUCUCGCCGCGGAAGCGGAGACGGCAGCCGAGGGAAGUAAUGCAGAGGGUCAGCAGCAGCAGCAGCGGCAGAAUAUUGACCCCAAAAGGUUGGAGGAAGCAGCAACGACAGCGGUACCGAAUAGCCCCCGACAAGACCCCCAAGUGAACGGAAUCAGCCAAAAUGUCAACAAUGGCGGCAGCACCCCCAACGCUGCCAUCAGCUCUGACAGCAGGCGGGAAGACCGGGUCGGCGCAUUUUUGCAUCGAAGAGUGCGCGAGAUCCUUCGCGCGGGUGGCGGUAGCAGCGGCGGCUGCGUUAUCGACGAAGACAUUUUGGGGUACCUGGUGAGAAAGCAGCAAGCUGUGGAGGGCUGCGAUGACCUGGACGUCGUGUCCGUCGCAGGGUAUGGCAUGUACGAGGAGCUCGAGGGCGGGGACGUUAGAGUCCCCGGCGGGUUUUUUAGGGUGGUGGAGGCGUUGGCGGCGAAGAUAUCGCCGGGGCGGAUAAGAUUGCAGUCUCCUGUAUCGCGGGUGCAGUGGGCCUCACAAGGACAACAAGAGCGGCGAGACUCUCCCUUCGCCGAAAGUCAUCCGUGCGUUGUGGAGUACACCACUAGGAGGCACUCGUCAGGUGGGAUAGAUGUCGGGGGGGAGCAAGGCCACUCGGACCGGGUUUUGACGAUGAGGAUCAGGUGCAGGCGUGUCUUGGUCACGGUGGGCCUCGGCGUACUUAAGAACAGGGACGUACAGGACGGCAUGGCCCUGACGUUUUCCCCACCGCUACCCCAGGCAAAGCUGGCGGCGAUCCGCCGCCUAGGAUUCGGGACAGCCGACAAAUUUUUCGUGAGGUGCACCCGUAAGGGCUCGGCGGGCAGCGGCAGGGCCGGCCCCGACGCAUCGCUCAACGUCGGCGUCUUGAGGCCGAUUCAUCAGCAGCAGCAGCAGCAGCAGCAGCAGCAGCAGCAGCAGGGACGGCGGCGGUGGCGAGAUCGAGGAAACAGCGGUAGCCAGAAUCCCUCGUGGGUGGACGACGUCUUCUCUUUCCACUCGGAAGGACGUUACGUGUACUCGUGGCUCACGGGGGCCUCGGCGAGGGCCGCGGAACACACCCAAGACGCGGAACAAGUUACGGACGCCCUCCUCUCUCUGCUGCGAACCACAACGCGGGACCCCUCCUGGCAAGCGGCACCCGAGCAGGACCAGGAACAGGACCAAGCCUUGGAUGGCGUUAGGCGAAGAACAACGGCUGCUGCGGCUGGGGCGCUGGUGCGGUCCGACUGGUACUCCAACCCGCUGUUUCGUGGAUCGUACUCGUACCUUGGCACGGGCUCGUCACCGGCAGACAUGGAGGAGCUCGGUCGGCCGCUAUCCGCUCCCGCGGGGGUCGAUGCGGAAGGCACCGGGAGCGGUCAUACCGGCGACGGUAGGCGUCUUGGAGAAGAAGGAGAAGGUGAUGGGGGUGGUGGUUCUCUCUCUCGUGCGAGAGUUUUCUUUGCCGGAGAGGCCAUGCACGCGCGCUUCUUCUCGACGGCCCACGGCGGUUUCGAUGCCGGCCGGCGCACGGCGAGGGAAGUGCUGGCGAGUUGCGGCUUCAAGGAUUGCUCUGAUCCGCUGCACAAGCCAGAGGCGGUCGAAUACGACGCGUGAUUGUGCAUGCAUUGACGAGGAAGCAGGUGGUGUUGAUGUGUGGUUGUACUACGAAACCUGCUUCGUUCGGCAGCGAUGGUUUCAUGCUUCUCUCGACUUGGAUGGCUUCUCCCGGCGGUGUUAUAUUUAUAUGCAUAACAAAAUGGGCAAAUUUUCUUCGCCUUGCCCUGUUGGAUGAUAAUAUGUUAUGAUAGCGAUUCUGCCAGGUAGAACGGUAAUAUUGUUUGAUCUUGGUUGGUAACGGCCAACUGGCGAAUUCAUCUUCGUCUCUCUGCUGAAUGACCUGGAGUUCGCCGCGCAAGACCAAUUUAAACCAGCCCUUGUGUUUCAUCGAAAUUCUCCUAUCAUAGACAGCUGGUUGCAUGGCUGUUGAUACAUGUAGUCCUACAACGGUUUUAGCUUCGCCCAAAGGUGGCACCUUUUAGUCACUAGGGGUUAAGCUACUUGGCUCUUUCGGUUGAGAAUGUACGGGGUGAGAUCACGUUACCGAGAGGUAUGCGAUCACGAGGCUUUUCCCUUCGAACCACGCGCUAUAAGAAGUUGCCACCACUCAAGAACCCCUCUUAUUUUGCCCGAAGCCCGCAUCUUAUUUUGUCUUUGGGGUACAUACACCUAACAUCGACAUCGAUUAUGAUUUGUGGUGUUGGCUUCUGUACUGAACACACGUCAUGCUGUUCAAGUUGUUUGGUCUCCAUAUUAUUAAGCCUGAUGUUUUCCCUCGUUGAGACCCAGGUUUUCAAAGUGGCGGUGCGUUCUGUGUUCUAUGCAUCGAAAGUGUGUGUUCGAAACGUGGGACACCUGAAAAUUUAGGAAGCCCCUCCCGUUAAACCACACACCAAUGGCGUCGUUUCGCGCAACUCAGAAUGUGCGAGCGUACCCUUGCUGAGUAGCAGGACAACGAGGGUAUCUACUACUAUGACGGUUUGUGCGGUGCUGCCUUCACCGAUGUGCGGAGGCGAAUGAAUCAAGGUAGCUUUGUGUCCAUUUUAGACAUCGUUGGCAUGCCUAUUUCUGCGCGGCAGUGAACAGGUCGCUGUGAAACAACACACCCUGUAUGUAGGAGAGGUCGAAGUCCCGGUAUUCAUAUCAUUCGACAACGGGGAUUACUGUUGGAAGUUUCGAUUGGGCAACUAUACGAAUGAAUGUGAUAUUUUCUAUUUGCGCCUGUCUGUCAGCAGGAAGCGUCAGAAUGACGCGAAGGAUGACGGGACGAAUGGGGACAGAGGCAGAAAGAGCGUGAGAGGUUAGAGGUAGGGAGGAGAGAGAUAGAUUGAGAGAGAUAGAGAGAAUCAAAGAGACGCGGAGAGAGAGAGAGAGGGAAAGGGAGAGGGAGAGACAGCGACAGCGAUUUCUAAAGAGUUGUUCUAAAGUAGACUACAGUAGUAGGGCUGAGCUAGGGAGAAUACCUAAGCGAUGUGCUCAAUGGCGUGUAUGUAUGCCAAAGUAGGCUGGGGGUGUACUCAUAGU